AUAUGGUCUGGCCCUCCUCCAGAGGGAUACCAUCCUGGCUGGUUGGCUUCAACAACUUCAGCCACGCCAAUUCUAGAUCCGGUGCUCAGAAGUGAACCUAUGGUCGUUAACUUAACCUCUGAUGCUGGUGGAGGCAGCUAUGCAACUAGUACAGGCCUGUUGACCUCAGCGCCUGGAGUUGAUGGCCCUAGUCCGGAAUCAUUAUCUGCCACCCUUCUAUCUACGGCACCGUCAGAGCCUGGCUUACUCGGUAUCCUACCUCGAUCAACUUCUGAAACUGUUGUUGCCUCUUCCCAUUAUAAGUCAGUAGCCAAUUCUUCGUCAACCCUACACUCUGGUGAUUCUAGUAAGCAGAAAGAUUCGAAUUUGAAGCCUGUUGGCUCUGGAGAUAUACUCCUAUACCCUACACCUUUGCCAGUGGCGUUUCCCCUUAGCCAGUUUGGCCAGUCUGCUCGCGAAGUCUCUUCGGCCGUGAACGAUGAAGUCUUGCCAGCGGGUCCAGUUCCGGAGGCUUUAGAAAAUAGUACAUCUGCUAACAGGGGCAUAAGUAGUGUUGGUGGAGACAGCACUUUGCUUGUUGGACCUUCAGUCGGCCAGUCUGGUCUUCAAGUACUUGGCCUGACUGGGAACAGUGAUCUAGCAGUAUACCUUUCGCAGAUGAAUCUGGCCUCUGGAGUUCAGGGGCCUUCGACUGCUGCUUAUGGGGUAGGUGUGAAUUGUUUGUAUUAA